GGCAUUUGGGCAGCUGCACUUCACUAAAAGCUGGGAAAGGAUUUCUAAUUGUAUUUAAUUUUAGAUAAACUGCAUUGAAAGUGUAGAGAAUUAUAACGUUUACUUUAGUUCUAAUUCGCGGCUUGUUUGGUUGAUGUUUGUAUGAUAAAUGGAAGCCUUGUGAAACUGAACGGACAUCCGUAAACAGUGAACAUCGCCGGGACAGGAAUCAGGUGGCUGAGAGAGGAACGUAGAGAGAGGGCAGUGUGAGGCCCUUGCUCGUCCCGGGAGGAUGAAAAGGUUCCGGCGACAUGGGCAUGACUCUCAAAGGGACAAACUCAAGCAGGAGCUCUACCAUUUCAAUAAGACUGUGGAGCAUGGCUUCCCCCACCAACCAAGUGCGUUGGGUUUCAGUCCCAGUCUUGGGCUACUGGCCAUUGGUACCAGAUCUGGAGCCAUUAAACUCUAUGGAGCUCCGGGUAUUGAGUUUAUGGGACUGCAUGAUGAGAAUGCAGCAGUUACACAGGUGCACUUUCUCCCACAUCAGGUUGAACUGGUAACAUUGCUUGAUGACAACAGUCUGCACAUGUGGACACUGCGAGCCCAUACGGGUGUGUCAGAGCUGCUGGAGAUAGGCCGCUUUACUCUCACUGGCCCUCCUGGUGCCAUUCCUAGUGUGACACGGGUGACAGCUGUUAUGGCCCACUCUUCAGGCGAACUACUUCUGUUGGGCACAGAGGGAGGCCAUGUGUUUGUGGUUGAAGUGCCUGGCUUUAGGGAACUGGAGGAGAACAAUAUCAGCAUGGAGGAUGUUCAAAGCGGAAUUCCAGAGGAAUAUACAGGCCGCAGGAACUUAGAAAGUGUGGAGGCUUUGUAUGAGAAUCCUCUCAAUCCUCGACAAGUGCUAAUAGGCUAUAGCCGAGGACUAAUGGUUCUGUGGGACCUGGAUCGUCGAUGUUCCAUUCAACAUUUCCUAGGCACCCAGCAGCUGGAAAGUGUUUGGUGGACAGAGGAUGGAGGAAACAUUCUUAGUUCCCAUAGUGAUGGUAGCUACUGCCACUGGUCAGUGACUGGUGAGGAUCCACAGGCUGAACCAGAAAAACAGGAGACCCCAUAUGGUUCCUUUCCAUGCAAGGCCAUUUCCAAAAUUCUACAGCUAUCAACAAGGAAAGGGCCCCCGUUCCUCAUCUUUAGUGGUGGCAUGCCAAGGGCCAGCUACGGAGACCGCCACUGCAUCUCUGUCAUCCACAGCAAGACCCAUGUAGCUCUGGACUUCACCUCUCGCAUCAUUGACUUUUUUGUUAUAAGAGAGGGAGAGCAGCAUAGAGGGGACCCAACUGCUUUGGUAGUGUUGGUGGAGGAAGAGUUGGUAGUAGUGGAUCUGCAGAGUGAGGGCUGGCCUGUAUUUCAAACCCCAUACCUGGUCCCCUUACAUUGCUCAGCCAUCACCUGCUCACACCACGUCUCCUCAAUCCCACUCAAACUGUGGGAGAGGGUGCAUGCUGCUGGCAAACUGCAAAACACCCACUACUCAAAAAAGCCCUGGCCAAUAAAUGGAGGACAAAACCUUGCCCCAGACCCCCCGCAGAGAGACCUUUUACUGACUGGGCAUGAGGAUGGAACGGUGCGUUUCUGGGAUGCCUCUGGGGUUUGUCUUUACCCCCUGUACAAGCUAAGCACAGCUGUGGUUUUCCAAACUGAUGCCGACCCCAAUGACAACAUGAACCAGGGCACGGAGGGCGAGUGGCCACCUUUCCGCAAGGUGGGCUGCUUUGACCCAUACAGUGAUGACCCUCGACUUGGAAUUCAGAAGAUUCAUCUUUGUAAAUAUAGUGGUUACCUGACUGUGGCAGGAACUGCAGGACAAAUCCUGGUUCUGGAGAUGAAUGAUGAAGCAGCUGAGCAGACAGUAGAGGCCACAGUAGUGGAUCUGCUGCAGGGGCAGGAAGGUUUCCGCUGGAAGGGUCAGGCACGGCUGGAUCUCCGGGAUGAACCAGUCAACUUUCCUCCAGGCUUCCAGCCUUUCGCCCUGGUGCAGUGUCAACCCCCUGCUGUGGUCACAGCAAUCGCCCUGCAUUCAGAGUGGAAGCUGGUGGCUUUUGGAACCAGUCACGGCUUUGGUGUUUUUGAUUACCAACAGAAGAACAAUAUUUUAAUCAAGUGUACUCUAAACCCAAGUGACCAGGUAGCCCUGGAAGGGCCACUGUCUCGAGUGAAGUCCAUUAAGAAGUCUCUACGCCAGUCCUUCCGCCGAAUCCGCCGCAGUCGGGUGUCCAUGCACAAACACCACACCAACAAUGCAGCUAAGGUUCAGGAACUAAAUGCACGACUAGAAGCAGAGGCCCUGCAUGAAAUGGAACUGGCACCGGUGCAGAGAAAGAUUGAAGCUCGCUCCGCUGACGAUUCUUUUACUGGUCUUGUCAGAACUCUCUACUUUGCUGACACAUUCCUAAGUGACAGUACUCACUGCACACCCUCCCUAUGGGCAGGGACCAAUGGUGGAGCUGUCUUUGCUUAUAUGCUGCGCCUUCCCCCUGUGGAAAGGAGAAUGGAUGAUCCAUUAACUGCUCAUGCAGCUAAAGAAAUUCAACUCAUGCAUCGUGCUCCAGUUGUGGGCUUGUUGGUUUUGGAUGGGAGAGGUGCACCUUUACCGGAGCCACUGGAAGUGGCACAUGAUCUUUCUCGCAGCCCUGAUACACAGUCUUCCCACCAACUGCUCGUCAUUUCAGAAGAGCAGUUAAAGCUAUUUGCAUUGCCUAAAGUGAGCAGUAGGGCAAAACUUAAACUGACAGCAGUUGACGGUUCCCGAGUACGGCGAGUUGGCGUGGCCUGGUUUGGAAGCAGUCGAGUUGAGGAGUAUGGUGAGAGUGGCUUGGUGAUGUUGACAAAUCAAGGCGAGCUACAUGUCCUCGCUCUGCCAUCAAUCAAAAUGCAGGUGCGCUACCCCUGUAUCCGAAAAGAGGAUGUCAGCGGGAUUGCAUCCUGUGUCUUUACCAAGUAUGGACAGGGACUUUACCUGAUUUCUCCAUCUGAGUUUGAGCGCUUCUCACUUUCUGCAAAAUGGGCGGUGGAGCCGCGAUGUUUGGUGGAGCAUCCAUCACAGACAAGGCUCACAUCCCAUUCAAGUCAAUAUCACAGAGAUGAGCCUGAUGGUGCAGCCACAGAACACAUGAAUUUUAAAAAGAACAGUGAAAACUCUGAGAAGUGUCCUAAACAAGUAAUGGAGCAUGCUUUGCUGAAUGAUGAGAAUGUUCUUCAGGAGAUCCAGAAGUCACUUGAAGGAGAACAGACGGCGUUUUUAGAAAACAGUCUAAAGACCAAGCCAACACCAGGCAAGAUGCUGUGAAAUACAGAUGAGUGUCAUAAUCCCUGUGCCUGAAACAUCUACUACGGCCUUGCUGAAGACCUAAACACUACUGCUAGUAUCACUACUGAACCAUGUGUACCCCUGAAGUAAAUACCUUUUCCAGUCAAAGGGUGACAGUGCUAGAACCGCUUGUGCCUGCCAAGACCAACCACUGUAUCUUCACUAAAUUACAUAGCAGCCUCCAACCAACCCAGGCCGAGCCUCCUGCUUUCAGCAUGUUACCUGCCUUCCUGUGAGGCUGUAGCUUUGCCACCUCACUGCUCAAAGCCAAGAAGCUAAAGCAUGGUGGCAGGGGUGUUUCUCAUAUUUUUGUCUUUUAUUUUUUACAUGUGUGAUUGAUUUUGUGUCUGAUUGAAGAUCUUGAAUGCUAAGCAAUUGUUGUGUGUUGCACAGGGGAAGAGAUACCACCUGUUAUUAGACAUUACUGGUUCUAUGAUGACUAGGUUGGCCUAAGAUUUAUGGUAAAGUAAAGUCUAGUGCUGAUAAACCACAUGUAUAUCAGAUACCAAGAACGUUAAAGGAAGCAGUAACACCUUUUCCAUCCGUCCAGGCAAAAAAGAGAAUAGUGUGCAGUAAUGUUAUGUACUUUUCCACUACUGUGUAGCACACAUGCUGUCAUUUCUAGGGGAUGCAACUUUUUAUGGGGCUUGGUUUUUAAUCUUUUUAAUGUGCUUUUUUAAUGCCAGUUAUGCAUAUUGUAAUUUAGGAAUGUAAUUUUAAAAUAUUGUAGUGAAAUGUUUAAUAUAUAUGUAUAUGAUAACCUGUACCUGUUUUAAUGGCGGACUGUAUUUUCUAAUCAAAAAAAUAUUUUGGUACUGGCUCGUAAAAUGCUUUCUGCAUUUUAGGGGAUUUAGAGUAUAUUUUUGUAGUUAAUUGAUCAUGUACAAGAACACUAUCAUUUGUGAUUUGACACUACAAUUAAGUCUGCUAAGUAAAUUCUCUGCUUACCAACAGUCUGUCAGUUAUUUCUUUCUAUUUACAGGAUAAAAGAUUUAAAAUGUCAUUUAUUUAUUUGUUCUGAAAUCUACACUGCAGCUUUAAAAGCGAAAUACCACAGAAGGAUCAUUGCUGAGCAUUAGAAAACUUGAUGGAAGUCAGGAAGCAAAUACCAAAAUUGUGACAUAAAUACUAGGACAUUGCUUUGAUAAGUAAUGUGUUCUCAUUAAUGACAUUAUGGCUUUAGAGUCGACCCGAAUGUUGUUAUAUUGCCUUUAUAAAUUACAAACCCCAUUUUCCAGAAAAGUUUUGUAAAAUGCAAUAAAAAGAAGAAUCUGUAA